CAACAACAAAGAUUACGUCAACAACAACGUAAAAAUGAAAAUAUAUCAACAGCAGCAACAACAACAAUAACCGAUAAUAAUAAUAAUAAUCAAUCAAUAUCGAUGAAUAUUGGAAGACCAUUACCACCUGCUUAUCAUCAUCAUCAUCAUCAUCAUCAUCAACAUUGUCAACAAAAUUCAUCACAAGGUGGCGGUAUUAGUAAUACCGGUAGUAAUAAUAAUAAUAAUUUAUAUUCAAAUAUUGAAGAUGCUUAUAUGAAUGAAGCAACAUUAAUAGCUGCUGCAAUGCAAUCAUCAUCAUCAUCACCAUCAUCAUCAUCACCAACAUCACCACCGCCACCACCAAUAACAAUUGUUAAUAAUAAUUAUAAUUCAGCAAAUAGAUUUGGAUCGAAUCAAUCAUCAUCAUCUUAUUGUCCAAAUUUGGCUAUUUCAACCAAAUCGGUUACACAUCCUAAUAGUAAUAAUGGAUUAGGUCAACAUUCAAUAAUGAUUCCAAUGACAAUGGCAGCAGCAAAUAAUCAAAAUAAUAAUCAAUAUCCGCAGCAACAACAACAACGAUAUAAUCAGAUAACCGAAUCGAAAAAAAGUUGUUUUCAAACUAAAGAAAUGGAAAAAAUAUUUAUACAAUGUCAAUAUGAUAUUGAUAUGUUAUUGGCAAGAUUAGAAGAAGUACAUGAACAAAGAAUAUCAUCAACAACAACAACAACGAAUAUUAAUAAUGAUAAUAAUAAUAAAUUAUCAACAACAAACAACAUUGAUAAACCAUUAAUGAUUGGAUCAUUAACAGCAAAAGAAACAUUAAUUGUUGAAUCAAGACAUUUUGUAACAGCAUCAAAAUUAUUUGUAAAAUGUGCUACGGAUGGUUCAUUACAAUUAAUUGAUUAUUUAACUGAAUGUGUUGGUUUACUUGAACGAAUGUUUACAAUUAGUGAAGAUGUUUUAAUGGGUGAAAUACAAUCACCAGCACAAAUUACCUGUUUAGUUGAUCGUUUAAAAGAAGUUGCAGCAACAUAUGCAUAUACUGUUGAUGUUGUACGACGAUUAGUUAGCCAUCCAAAUAAUGAUAAUUUAUUAAUAAAACCAAAUAAUUUGGAUCUAUUAAUGAGUCAUGCAACUGGAUUGGCAACAAGUCUUAGUACAUUGAUGCGUACAUUACGAACAAUGAAUUAAUUUUGUAAAAAAAAUUCAGAAUUUUAAAAAUAAAAUUAAAAAUUUUA